AUGACUAACCCUUGCUCCAUGUUCGACGAGCCAGACGUGUUUUCCCGGCGUUCCAUUUGGGUGAAUGGACCUGUGAUAGUUGGUGCAGGUCCUUCUGGUCUAGCCGUUGCUGCUGGACUUAAAACUCAAGGAGUUCCCUUCAUUAUCCUUGAAAGAGCCAACUGCAUUGCCUCACUUUGGCAACACCGAACCUACAAUCGCCUCAGACUUCACCUUCCCAAACAGUUCUGUCAACUUCCCUACUUUCCUUUUCCAGAUCACUUCCCUCAAUACCCUACCACGGCUCAGUUCAUUCAGUAUCUUGAGUCUUACGCUAACCAUUUUCAUAUCACCCCUCAGUUCAAUGAGACGGUUCAGUCCGCUAAGUACGAUGAGACUUUUGGGUUAUGGCUGGUUAAGACUAUAAGAGGUUCAGGUGGUGAAGUUGAGUAUAUUUGUCGAUGGCUCGUGGUGGCCACCGGAGAAAAUGCUGAGAAAGUGGUGCCGGAGUUUGAAGGUCUGGGAGAUUUUGGAGGAGAUGUUUCACAUGCUUGUCAGUAUAAAUCUGGAGAAAGUUAUUGUGGGAAAAAGGUGCUUGUUGUUGGGUGUGGGAAUUCGGGCAUGGAAGUGUCUCUUGAUCUUUGUAACCAUAAUGCAAGUCCAUCAAUGGUGGUUCGAAAUUCUGUUCAUGUGUUGCCAAGAGAAAUUCUUGGGAGAUCAACAUUUGAAUUGGCAGUGAUGCUGAUGAAGUGGAUACCGAUUCGGGUUGUGGACAAGAUUCUGCUAAUUCUUGCGAGGGUUAUACUCGGAAAUGUCGAGAAAUAUGGAGUUAAAAGACCUCCAAUGGGUCCAUUAGAGCUGAAGAACACAGUGGGGAAGACGCCAGUGUUGGAUAUUGGUGCACUGCAGAAAAUCAAAUCGGGCGAAAUCAAGAUUGCUCCUGGAAUCAAAAAGUUUUACAGAGACAAAGUUGAGUUUAUCAAUGGAGAAAGUCUUGAGAUUGAUUCUGUCGUUCUGGCAACUGGGUAUCGCAGCAAUGUUCCUUCAUGGCUCAAGGAAAAUGAAUUCUUUACAGAAGAUGGAAUACCCAAAAACCCAUUCCCAAACGGGUGGAAAGGCAAGGCAGGGCUGUAUGCAGUUGGGUUCACAAGAAGAGGUCUCUCUGGUGCAUCUUUAGAUGCCAUUAGUGUAGUUCAUGAUAUUGCUAAGAGCUGGAAAGAAGAAACCAAACAGAAAAAGAAAUCAAUCGCAGCAAGGCAUAGGCGAUGCAUUUCGCAUUUCUAA